ACUAACUUCACACGAUUCAGUCAAAAGAAGAAUGUCAAAUAUUUUUAGGUCAAUCAUCUUCCUUCGCGGCCAUCGUUCUGAGUUAUCGACAAAUUUAAGCUAUCAUUAAAAUUCAAUUAUUUGUGUUCAACACCCGAAAAACCCUUCAAAAUAUCCAGAAACAGGAGAACUAUGGCUCCACAUAAGGAGUGGGACCUCUUUUGCAAAGUGUACGUCGGAAAUCUCGGUUCGUCAGCGAGCAAACAUGAAAUAGAAAACUCUUUCGGGAAAUAUGGACCGUUGAGAAACGUUUGGGUGGCAAGAAAUCCUCCGGGCUUUGCUUUUGUGGAGUUCGAAGACCCCAGAGACGCUGAAGAUGCCGUUAGAGGCUUGGAUGGCACACGUUGUUGUGGCUCUAGAGUCAGAGUAGAAAUGUCAAGUGGGCGUUCCAGAAGAGGAGGAGGUGGUGGUGGAGGUAGAAGAGGACCUUCCAGAUAUUCCAGGCCUUCAGCCCCACUGCUGUUACCCUUUCUCCAAAACAAGGACCAUCGGUCCGUUACACAUCUCUUCAUCUCACAUCGACUAAACAUCUACCCACCCUGACCCGGGAAGCUGAUCAGAUUGUCAUCAAUCUACUGAAAAAUUAUUUCUCUCCUCAAUUUGACUACUACUAUAGAAUGAUGUACAACUAUAAAGUAGAAGUCAGCACUCCACAUCAAACCACCUUCGGCAUCUCUAAAUUUUCUUCCCAGCACAACACUAUUGGGGAAUACAUGCAGAAAAAAAUAUAUAACUGCGCCCUAGCAACUUUAUUUUGCCACCAGGAAAUCACUAUCGCUCACGUGACAUUACAAAUAUUUAAAAACCUCGUGGCAUAUGGCUUAUACAAUUAACUUAAUGUGAUGAUACAUUUUUUUCUGGCUUAUAAACCGUGAAGACUGGUCAAAAACCUAGAAAAAAAUGUAUCAUUACAAAACGCCGACCAUGUGUGAUAGCACACCUUUUGUACUCUAUUUAAUAAUUUUUCAAAACGUGUAGUGUUACGUCGUUUAGUGAUUUUCUUGGUGACCUAACCAACACGACAUCGAGAAUGCCUGCACGACUUUACCUGCCGCCCCCUCAACCGAGUGAUGUUUCCAACUCAUUCAACUAUCCCCACAACAGGGAAACAUUGC